UUGACGUUCUUAGUUGACGGUCACACAGCGCACCGAGCUGCGUUUUUCGUUGAUAAUUUUUAAAUUUAUUUAUUAGUUUAUUGGUUGGAAAUAGAGCUGCCCCCAACUGCCCGCUGACCACGGAAUUAUCGGUCCGGUCCACCGACCUCCGCUUUCACACACUAUUCGGCAAUCGAUAUAUACGCUGACGGUAAUUGGAGAACGUUUUUUCCAUUUUAUCUCCACCUUGUCCGCACUUCGUUUUGUGCUCUCUUUGUGCGCUGCCUCCGCUUAACAUUUGGGCCUGUAAGAAACACAUAUAAGCAGAACGGCCCGCCGUGUGUGCCUGUGAAAUUGGUUAAAUAACGUACAGUGGAAUGGGCCAAUGGCCAAAAUGCAAUAAGAAUAUGUGUGUGCAAUAAAAAUAGGGAACGGUACCGUGCCCCAAAACAUGAAAAUGGUGCUAGACGCUCCUAACGCCGUGCCGAGCUGGCAUAUUUUGCUUAGCGACGCCGUCGGCUCCGUUUUUCCCGGCCGCGAACUUUGCGCGAGGAAUUUACAACAAAAACAAUGAAUUAAAUGGUAUUUAAAUUGUCCAUAUAAUGCGGUUUGGAAAUGCGAAAUUGUGCCUAACUUGCCCAAUGCAAACGAAUGUUUCUCUUUGAAGGCCCUGCUUAAUGACGUCACAAGCGUAGCAGAGUGCAACAGACAGACAACAAUGACCGAUGAGCAUAAAAGUAACAUUAACAGUAACAGCAGUCACUCCAGCAACAACAACAACAACGGCAGCAGCAGCAAUAACGACAACAACAGCAACGACGACGCAGCAAGUAGCAGCAACAGCAAAAACAACAACACCAGCAACGAGAGCAGCCACAGCAACAACAAUACUAGUAGCAUAAUUGCAGAGGCGGCCGCCAAGUUUCUACUGAAAAAUGGCCUAAACGGCAGUAGCAGCACCAGCUACCCCCCUCUGCCACCGCCUCUGCCCGCCAACUUAAGCAGGACGACCACGCCCACGACAACGACAACGCCCUCAUCCUCCAGCUCCACCGCCUCAAAUGGCUUUUUGCCGCAUGCCAAGACGCCCAAAAGUAGUAGCAUUAUGGCUGCGUCCGCCGCAGUGGCAGCCAGCGUCGUUGGAGCUACUGCGUCCAAGCCCACCAUCGAUGUCCUGGGGGGCGUCCUGGACUACAGUUCCUUGGGCGGAGCUGCAACAGGCUCACUGCCCACCACUGCAGUAGUAGCGGCGGCAGCGGGAACAGCGAAGAUCGGCAAGGGAAGCAACUCCGGCGGAAGCUUUGAUAUGGGCAGGACACCAAUAUCGACGCACGGCAACAACAGCUGGGGCGGCUACGGUGGUCGUUUGCAGUUCUUUAAAGAUGGCAAAUUCAUAUUGGAACUGGCGCGGUCCAAGGAUGGCGAUAAAAGCGGCUGGGUUUCGGUCACGCGCAAGACCUUCCGCCCUCCAUCGGCGGCCACCUCCGCAACUGUGACCCCAACGUCGGCGGUGACCACAGCGUAUCCAAAGAACGAGAAUUCCACAUCGCUGAGCUUUUCGGACGACAACAGCUCGAUACAAUCCUCUCCUUGGCAGCGAGACCAGCCCUGGAAACAGUCCCGACCCAGGCGCGGCAUAUCUAAGGAGCUGUCGCUCUUCUUCCACCGCCCCAGGAACAGUACGCUUGGCCGAGCUGCUCUCCGGACAGCCGCUCGCAAACGACGGCGCCCCCACGAGCCGCUUACCACCAGCGAGGAUCAGCAGCCCAUUUUUGCGACGGCAAUCAAGGCGGAAAAUGGAGACGAUACUCUUAAAGCAGAAGCUGCAGAGGCCGUUGAAAUUGAAAAUGUUGCUGUGGCGGACACAACCACAAAUGAGAUUAAAAUUGAAAAACCGGACACGAUCAAAGGCGAGGAUGAUGCUGAACGGCUCGAAAAGGAGCCGAAGAAGGCGGUUAGCGAUGAUAGCGAGUCAAAAGAAGCAUCGCCCGGUCAGCAAGUGGAACCACAACCAAAAGAUGAGACUGUUGAUGUUGAGAUGAAGAUGAAUACGAGCGAGGAUGAGGAACCCAUGACAGAGCUGCCCAGAAUCACGAAUGCCGUAAAUGGUGAUCUAAACGGCGAUCUAAAGGCGAGCAUUGGGAAACCAAAAUCCAAGCCGAAGCCAAAAGCCAAGCUCAGCAGCAUCAUUCAGAAACUCAUCGAUAGCGUACCAGCACGGCUUGAGCAAAUGUCGAAGACAUCAGCUGUGAUCGCAUCGACAACGACGUCUUCAGAUCGCAUUGGUGGCGGUCUAAGUCACGCCUUGACGCACAAAGUUUCUCCACCCUCUUCUGCGACAGCAGCCGGACGACUAGUCGAGUACCACACCCAGCACGUGUCGCCCAGGAAAAGAAUCCUGCGCGAGUUCGAAAAGGUGUCGCUAGAGGACAACGGAUGCGUAAACAACGGCAGCGGUGGAGCUAGUAGCGGUGGUGCUGGAGGAAAACGGAGUCGAGCAAAGGGAACUUCGACAUCGUCUCCGGCUGGCAAGGCGUCACCAAUGAACUUGGCGCCACCCCAAGGAAAGCCAAGCCCCAGUCCCGGCUCCAGCUCAUCCAGCACUUCGCCAGCGACCUUGUCAACGCAGCCAACGCGGCUCAACAGCUCUUACAGUAUCCACUCCCUGCUAGGUGGGAGCAGUGGCAGCGGUAGCUCAUCCUUCUCCUCCUCUGGCAAGAAGUGCGGCGAUCACCCGGCAGCUAUUAUCAGCAAUGUGCACCAUCCACAGCACUCAAUGUACCAACCCAGUUCCUCGAGCUAUCCACGCGCCCUGCUCACCUCGCCAAAGUCGCCCGAUGUGAGUGGCAGCAAUGGCGGGGGCGGAAAAUCGCCCUCGCAUACAGGAACCAAGAAGCGUUCGCCACCGUACUCGGCGGGAUCACCCGUAGACUAUGGCCACUCCUUCUACAGGGAUCCCUAUGCGGGAGCAGGUCGUCCUUCCACAUCGGGCUCAGCAUCGCAGGACCUGUCGCCACCGCGCUCUUCCCCAGCAUCGCCAGCCACGACGCCGCGUACUGUGCCCAAAAAGACUGCAUCGAUCCGACGCGAGUUCGCUUCACCGUCGGCCAGCAGCAGUAGCUGUCCCUCGCCCGGCGACCGGAGUGCAUCGCCCCCGGAACGGCGGCACAUGCAGCAGCAGCCGCACCUACAGCGUAGCUCGCCGCUGCACUACUAUAUGUACCCGCCACCGCCCCAGGUGAACGGGAACGGCUCGGCCGGAAGUCCGACCUCGGCGCCGCCCACGUCGAACAGCAGUGCAGCUGCAGUAGCGGCGGCAGCAGCGGCCGCAGCCGCAUACAUUCCCUCGCCUUCGAUAUACAACCCGUACAUAUCCACACUGGCGGCGUUGAGGCACAAUCCGCUGUGGAUGCACCACUAUCAGACAGGAGCGUCGCCCCUGCUGUCGCCACAUCCACAACCCGGUGGCUCAGCGGCCGCCGCUGCUGCAGCUGCUGCUGCGAGAUUAUCGCCCCAAUCGGCCUAUCACGCGUUCGCGUAUAACGGAGUGGGAGCGGCUGUUGCCGCUGCAGCAGCUGCGGCAGCCUUUGGACAACCGGCGCCCAGUCCCCACACGCAUCCGCACUUGGCCCAUCCGCACCAGCAUCCGCACCCGGCUGCACUGACCACCCACCACUCUCCCGCUCACCUGGCCACGCCAAAACUGACUGAUAGUAGUACCGACCAAAUGUCUGCAACGUCCAGUCAUCGCACAGCCUCCACUUCGCCGAGCAGCUCGAGCGCAUCGGCCUCCUCCUCGGCGGCCACUUCGGGCGCCAGCUCCUCCGCAAUGUUUCAUACUAGUAGUCUAAGGAAUGAACAAAGUUCAGACUUACCACUGAAUCUGUCAAAGCACUGAGACAUACACACGCCCCAGCUGCCCCAGUUUCUGGGCCAACCAUUCGAGUUAAGAACAUUUUCGCACUAGUAGCGCUUAAGACGACAUUCAAUACACGUAAUAUAAUUUGAUAAGUUCGCUGAUAGUUUAGUUGUAACCCGAUUGUUUAAUCCUAAGCCUAAUCCUAGGUUCUCAAUUAGGGCCGAACAUUUAGAAAUCGCAUACAAAAAGAGAUGAAAAACUCAACUUUGUUUUUAAACCCGUUCCAGAACUCUUUAUACAAUCAGUUGAGAAAUUUUAUUUUCGACAAACUGAAUAAAAUAUGCAAAGGAAUUUUAUUCUAUGCCGACUAAUGGAAAGAAAUACUAAUAAAAACAUUUUCUAUAGGAUGUAUAAAAUGCAAGUCUUAAAGAAUCUCAAAAAAGAGUUACGUUUUUUUCAUCAAAACAUUUCCUUGAAACAGACUGAACCUGAAUUUUUUUAGAAAAAAAAAAUGAAAAACUUAGUUACGAAUCGCAAAAUAUAACAUUUUAAAGUAUAUUUAACAAAACUACAAGAACAGAUUUUUAUAAAAUGCUUGUGCCUUUAAAAAUGGAAACAGAACUAGGGAUACAAAAAUUAAUAUUAAAAAGAAAAAGAAGUUUACUAUAAAAACAUUUAUGUGCAAGCAUGUGCAGGUAUUCUAUGGUGAAAACUUUAGAAUUUCUUGAUAUCGUGGUCCAAAAUGCAGUUGACAGGAAUUUGCACUAAGCAGAUUGUAUACGACACCAACUUUUUAAGUACUUUUAAAAAUGUAUCUUUUAAUUAUUUCGGAAUAAUUAUUCUAAAAUAGUUAAAAGAUAAAAGCAAUCCAAAACUAUACAACUCGUCUGUACUUCAAAACGAAAGAGAUUACUCUUUGGUCUUACAUUUUUUGGUAGACUGUAAAAACUAAAAUUCGAAAAAAUUGUUGAAGUUUGAAUUUAAAUCCUCGGCGGAUCUAAAUUUAACCUCCACGAUUGUUGUCACCAUCAAAAAUAUUAUAUAACUGUGCCUAGUGCACAUUCGCUGUCAGUGGCUGUCCAAUCAAAAACAAAUAAAAUGUACAAAAAAUCCACAUAUACGACAAAUUUACAAGAAACGGAAAGCAAAAAGAUCCUAAGCAGACAAUUUCAAACCGGAACUCGUACAACUGAAACUGAUACAAAUAAAAAACAUAUUCCUAACGCAAAAAGACAAAAACAAAACGCGGUUUCUCAUAUUUUCUAAAUUAUUUAUAUAAAUCAAAUGUCUAUUUAUAUUUACUGAUAUGAUAAUGUGUAAGUAAAUAGGUGUAAUUGUAAAUACAGUAUUUUUACACAACAAAAAGUUAAUCAAUACGCGAGAAAUAACCAAUAUAUUUAAUAUAACUAUUUUUAUAACGGAUUUUAACAAGUAACUGUAUAUUUUGUAUCUGAUUACGCAGAAUAAAAAACAAAACGAAUUCCAUAUGAGGUCAAGAACAGUUUGCACAAGGCGGCCUGAAACUUGCUUAAAACUUAAUGCACUGAACAAAAUCCGAACUAAACACAUCUGUUCCAGGCAGAUACAAAAUAUUUUCCAAUGGAAAAAUGGAGUAGAUUCAUUUAUUUUUUACUAAUCAAUACAUAAAUCUUUCAGUUCGAAAUUUUUAAGCAAGUUGCAGUCGGCUAAACUUUUUAGUAGGCUUUAAUGAAAAUUAAAAAGAAAUAUAAAUACAAUUUUCAUACAAAUUCCAUAUGGUUUCUACUACCUACUGAUUAGUUAGUUAGAUAGGCGUCUAGGGACUAUUAAUUUACAUUUGUAACGGUACUGUGUACGACGUUUUUGUUUAACUGAACGGUAGUGUUUUUAAUUUGAAAUUCGAUGUUUUUAGUGAGUGGCUAUUGUUGAACGAACACAUGUACUAUGUGCAUUGUCGAACAAUGUGCGCAAACCCAAAAAAAUAAUUUUGGCAAAAAGUGAAAUAUAUGAAGUAAGCAAAUGGUUUCAAGAUACUGCAUCUCGUGAUGUUGGAGUGUGUGUGUAAAGUAAAGGAAACAAAAUUAAUUUUAAAGAAAUAUAUUUUAUAUAGGUAUAUAUACUGCAACUGAAUACUUGAUGUCAAUAAAAACUUAUACUAAAUGUAUGAAAACGUAUCUACGAAAGCUU